GUAGGUUCCCGGGUUGUUUGAAAUUUGGGUACUAGUCUCUCUAGGGUUUCUAUUUGUUUCAAAUCAGGAAGCAAUUUCAUCUCUUCAAUCUCAUAAAUAAAAAAAAAAAAAGAAAAAAAAAAAGGUAUGGAACAAAUUGGUGAGUCUAAAACGGGAAAGAAAAUACGGGUUAGCUGGAAAAGAGAAAAAGUUGUAAAAACUUUUCUACAAGCUUGUAUAAACCAAGUUGCAGAAGAUGGACGAAAUGGUGCUAGUCUUCGUGCAUAUACAUGGAGGGUCGUAGCAGAAAAGCUAAAAGGUAAGCAUAAUCUUGUUGUCAAUCAAAAACAAAUGAAGAACCAUUAUGACUAUCUGAAAUCCAAGUACAAAGCAUUCUUAAAACUGAAAAACAAAAGGGCGAACGUUUAUGAUCCUUUGACGAACACAUUUAAUUUAACAGAAGAGGAAUGGAACCUAGAAAUGAAGGGAAAUAAAUACGUAGAAUCAUUAAAGAGCACACCGUUGGUUUUCCCUGAGUUGUGUGCACAACUUUUUGACCCGGUGGUUGCCACAGAGGUAGAAAGUGGGGGAUCAGCGUCUGAAAGGUCUAGAUCUUGUCCUGAACCUCUCUUGAAUCAAGAUACUGGAGAUAUUAAUGGAACACAUGAAACUUCAACUUCAAAGCCCACUUGCUCGUCUUCUCCUGUCGAAGCUCAAAGACCAACAAAAAAGACUAAAGUUUCGAAAAACUCGCAUAUCUCAACCAUUGAAGAAGAUAUGUCCAAGGCGUUAAAACUAAUUAUUGAUAGUAAUAAUGGGCCAACUUUUAAAGAUUGUCGAGAUAAGCUACAAGAGCUUGGUUGGGGAGCUAAAAACCCUUUGCACAAAAUGGCGCUUGUUAUUUUUUGUGAAAGUGCAACUUAUAGGGAAGCUUGGAUGCAAUUACAACUUGACGAGGUUGAAGACUGGGUUAGUAUAAUUGGACGUAAGCUACGACUAGAAACAUAGUUAUUCGGACAUAAUUGUAAAUUUGUAAUAGACUAAUAGUAUGUUUCUGAUUGUAAUGUAAUGUAGUGAUUGUUCUGAAUAUGAACAUGAUUUUUAUAUUAUUUUUCUCAAGUUAAUUCG